UUUUUGUGUAAUACUCCUGCAAAAUUGCAAAUAUUCGUGCUUGUAGAAGAAAAUCUCGCACAAAAGAUAGAGCAAUAAAACCAAAAUUUAUACUCGUAGAAUUUUCGACACCCCAAAAAAAUUCUGACGCUUUUCUCUCUCUUCUGCAAGGAGGAUGCUGGUUUCAGGUGCAAUUAGCGACGUUUUGGUAGCCAUACCAUCAACUGCUUCUUAUCGUUCUCCUGAAUUCAAGAAUUUUUUCAAUUAUUCCUUUCUUCCAUCUUCUGCUAAUUCUAACAAAGGUUGUAGUUCGUUUUACAUUGGAAAGCUUGCCACAGGACUGGACAAGAACAAGUCAAGGGGAUUUUUGGUGAGAGCAUCUGAUCAUUCUGGAGAGAAUUUGGCACCUAUUGCCCCUGUUCACUUGGAGUCUCCAGCUGGGCAACUGCUGACACAAAUAUUGCAAACACACCCACAUCUCCUCCCGGCAGCUAUUGACCAGCAGCUUGAGAACCUGCAAAAUGACAGAGAUGCCCAAAAGGAAGAAACUCCAUCAUCAACUGAAGAUCUCUCCCUAUACAGGAGAAUAGCUGAAGUAAGAGAGAAGGAAAGGCGAAAAGCUUUAGAGGACAUUAUAUACUGCUUAAUUGUACGCAGAUUCGUGGAAACAAACAUCUCUAUGAUCCCAAAUAUAUCCCCGAGUUCAGAUCCAACUGGCAGGGUGGAUUUCUGGCCAAACCAAGAACAGAAACUCGAAUCUGUACACUCUGUGGAAGCAUUAGAGAUGAUACAAAGCCACUUGUCCCUUUUGCUAGGCGAGCGUUUUGUGGGUCCCUUGCAGACUCUUGUUGAGAUCAGCAAAGUAAAACUUGGAAAGUUGUAUGCUGCCUCCAUAAUGUAUGGGUAUUUUCUUCGAAGAGUUGAUCGGAGAUACCAACUUGAAAGAGCUAUGAAAACUCUUCCGGAAGACUUUGGCAAAAACCCAACCAGGCUUCAGGAUUCGUUACCUCAAAACCCACUAUGGGAUCCAGAUUCACUAAUUCAAAUCCCAGCUGAUGGAGAUAUAACAAAUUAUGGCCCUUACGAGGAACCUAUGGAUAUUGGUGAUGGUGAGAACUACAAACUGAGGUCGUAUGUCAUGUACUUGGAUCCUGAAACUCUUCAGAGCUAUGCAACCAUAAGAUCUAGGGAAGCAAUGUCGUUGAUUGAAAGGCAGACCCAAGCCUUGUUUGGUCGACCAGAUAUCAGGAUUGCCGAUGGGGGUGUGUUGGAGACACAGAACGAUGAAAUUAUUUCGAUUACUUUCUCAGGACUGACGAUGCUAGUUUUAGAAGCAGUUGCGUUUGGUUCAUUUUUGUGGGAUGCAGAAGACUAUGCUGAAUCCAAGUACAAUUUUGUUAAUAGCUGAAAAAAGUUGUAUGGUUCAUCUUCAUUAUACAAAUUUGUAGAGAGCCAACCCAUAUUGGUUGUUGUUUUCCUUGUAUAUUGGAAUUCUCAAUGAAAUUACAUAACAGAGGGAGGUUUUUUUUUUUUC